AUGGCUACCGAUCCAACUAGCUACAAGCUCAACCACUCGAUGCUUCGCAUCAAGGACCCCAAGCGCAGCUUAGAGUUCUACGAGUUUCUAGGCAUGAAGCUUAUCAACAAGCUACCCAACCCAGACGCCAAGUUCGACCUCUACUUCCUCGCAUACGACAGCCCCAAGGCCGUAUCUCACGGCAACCACUGGUCUGAUCGCGAGGGUAUUGUCGAACUUACACACAACUACGGCACCGAAGACGACGCGAACUACAAGAUCACCAAUGGCAACACAGAGCCUUACAAGGGGUUUGGUCACCUCUGCAUCUCAGUCGAUAACCUUCAGGCUGCCUGCCAGCGUCUCGAAGAUGCGGGGUACAAGUUUCAGAAGAAGCUCACUGAUGGGCGAAUGAGGCACAUCGCGUUUGUGCUCGACCCUGACAACUACUGGGUGGAGGUCAUUGGGCAGAAGCCCCUAGAGGAGACUGAGAACGUGAAGGAGACCGAUACUGCUUCAUACCGCAUGAACCACACCAUGAUCCGUGUCAAGGACAAGGAUGUCUCACUCAACUUCUACAAGGAUAUCAUGGGUAUGAAGCUCAAACGUACCUCUGAGAGUCCCAACGCUGGAUUCAACCUCUAUUUCCUUGGAUACGGUGCAGACGCCCCAGAGCAGACAGCAAACGGGGUAAACCCGUUGGCAAGCAGUGAGGGUUUGCUGGAGCUUACGUGGAACUAUGGCACGGAGAAAGACGCCAACUUCAAGUACCACAACGGCAAUGACGAGCCUCAAGGCUUUGGUCACAUCUGCAUUACGGUCGAUGAUCUAGAUGCUGCAUGUGCUCGUUUCGAGGAAAAGGGCGUCAACUGGAAGAAGAAGCUCACCGACGGCAGGAUGAAGAACAUUGCCUUCGUGCUUGAUCCCGACAACUACUGGAUUGAGGUUGUGCAGAACGAGAAGCUCAAGACACGAAGCAAUUGGUAA